UAAAAAUAAAAAACUCACUUUCACUUUAUCAGGCUCAGUGGGUGGUUCUUCACUUCCUAUUCCUAACAUCUCUACCAAUACUUCACACAACACACUCAUUGUGUUGUUGUUGUUGUUUUGGAGUAUAGUUGCAUUAUUCACUCAUUUUUCUUCCAUACAUACUCAAAAAAAAUGCGUUUCGUUCUUCUUCUUCUUCUUUUCUUUCGCUUCUUUUUCCACUACGUUCAUUCUGCACCCAUCUCAGAAUACCGUGCUCUUCUUUCUCUUCGCGAAGCAAUUACCGAUACUAACCCUCCCAUUCUCUCUUCAUGGAACCCCUCAACCACUCACUGUAUCUGGUUAGGUGUAACAUGCGACACACGCCGCCACGUCACCGCUCUUAACCUCACCGGACUUAAUCUCUCCGGCACACUUGCCGCCGAUAUCGCUCACCUCCCAUUUCUCUCGAAUCUCUCCCUCGCCGACAAUAAAUUCUCCGGUGAAAUCCCUCCGUCGCUAUCCGCCGUCUCCGGCCUUCGUCUAUUAAACCUCUCCAACAAUGUCUUCAACGGCACUUUCCCUUCCGAGCUUUCUCAACUUAAGAGCCUCGAAGUUCUCGACCUAUACAACAACAACAUGACCGGAACGCUUCCUCUCGCCGUCACAGAGCUUCCGAAUCUUCGUCAUUUGCAUCUCGGAGGCAACUACUUCACCGGCCAGAUCCCGCCAGAGUAUGGACUAUGGCAACACUUGGAGUACCUUGCUGUUUCCGGUAAUGAACUCGACGGAACCAUCCCGCCGGGAAUCGGAAACUUAACCAGUCUCCGGGAGCUUUACAUCGGAUACUACAAUACCUACGCCGGCGGCAUUCCGCCGGAGAUUGGAAACUUAACUGAACUUGUCCGUCUCGAUGCCGCUUACUGCGGAUUAUCUGGCGAGAUUCCGGCGGAGAUGGGAAAACUUCAAAAACUUGACACACUGUUUCUUCAAGUGAAUGCACUUUCAGGUUCUUUAACAUGGGAGCUUGGAAACUUGAAGAGUCUCAAAUCAAUGGAUUUGUCUAACAACAUGUUAACCGGUGAGAUUCCGACGAGUUUCAGUCAAUUGAAAAACCUCACGCUUCUUAACCUCUUCAGGAACAAACUUCACGGAGCCAUUCCGGAGUUCAUCGGAGAUAUGCCGGCGUUGGAAGUUGUGCAGUUAUGGGAAAACAACUUCACCGGGAACAUUCCGAUGGGUUUGGGAAGUAACGGAAAACUCACUCUUUUAGACCUUUCAUCAAACAAGUUAACUGGUACACUUCCACCUUAUUUGUGUUCUGGAAAUCGUCUUCAAACUUUGAUAACUCUUGGUAAUUUUCUGUUUGGUCCAAUUCCUGAAUCUCUUGGAAGUUGCGAAUCAUUGAAUCGAAUUCGUAUGGGUGAUAAUUUUCUGAAUGGUUCAAUUCCUAAAGGUCUUUUUGGACUUCCAAAACUCACUCAAGUUGAGCUUCAAGAUAAUUAUCUCUCUGGAAAUUUUCCUGAGACUCAUUCAGUUUCUGUUAAUCUUGGUCAGAUUACUCUUUCCAACAAUCAACUUUCUGGAGUUUUACCUCCUUCUAUAGGUAACUUCACCAGCAUGCAGAAGUUUCUUCUUGAUGGAAACAUGUUCACAGGAAAGAUUCCAUCUCAGAUUGGAAGGUUGCAACAGCUUUCAAAUAUUGAUUUUAGUCACAACAAGUUUUCAGGUCCUAUUGCAUCUGAGAUCAGUCAAUGCAAGCUCUUAACUUUUGUUGAUCUUAGUCGUAAUGAGUUAUCUGGGGUUAUCCCAAAUGAGAUUACUGGUAUGAGGAUAUUGAAUUACUUGAAUCUUUCUAGAAAUCAUCUAGUUGGUAGUAUUCCUAUUUCUAUAUCCUCAAUGCAAAGCUUAACCUCUGUUGAUUUUUCAUAUAAUAAUCUAUCUGGUUUGGUUCCUGGUACUGGUCAAUUUAGCUACUUUAACUACACGUCUUUCUUAGGAAACCCUGAUCUUUGUGGCCCUUAUUUGGGUUCUUGUAAAGAUGGGGUUGCCAAUGGUGCUAACCAACCUCAUCAUGUUAAGGGUCUUUCUUCUUCCUUGAAGCUACUACUUGUUAUUGGGUUGCUUGCAUGCUCCAUUGUAUUUGCUAUUGCUGCAAUAUUCAAGGCUAGGUCUUUGAAGAAGGCUAGCGAGGCUCGUGCGUGGAAAUUGACUACUUUUCAACGUUUGGACUUCACUGUUGAUGAUGUUUUGGAUUGCUUGAAGGAGGAUAACAUCAUAGGAAAAGGAGGUGCUGGCAUUGUUUACAAAGGUGCAAUGCCGAACGGGGAACUUGUUGCUGUUAAGAGGCUUCCUGUUAUGAGUAGAGGCUCUUCUCAUGAUCAUGGAUUCAAUGCUGAGAUUCAGACAUUGGGGAGAAUCAGACAUAGGCACAUUGUUAGGUUGUUGGGUUUCUGUUCAAAUCAUGAGACUAAUCUUUUGGUUUAUGAAUACAUGCCUAAUGGAAGUUUGGGUGAAGUUCUUCAUGGAAAGAAAGGGGGUCAUUUAUAUUGGGAUACUAGGUAUAAAAUUGCUGUGGAGGCUGCGAAGGGACUUUGCUAUUUACACCAUGAUUGUUCCCCGCUUAUUGUUCACCGAGAUGUGAAAUCAAACAACAUCCUUCUCGAUUCUAGUUAUGAAGCACAUGUUGCUGAUUUUGGACUUGCCAAGUUCCUGCAAGAUUCUGGAACAUCUGAAUGCAUGUCUGCUAUUGCUGGUUCAUAUGGAUACAUAGCUCCAGAGUAUGCUUAUACAUUGAAAGUCGAUGAGAAAAGUGAUGUGUACAGCUUUGGUGUUGUUCUUCUAGAGCUUAUAACUGGAAGGAAACCAGUAGGAGAAUUCGGCGAUGGUGUGGACAUUGUGCAAUGGGUGAGAAAAAUGACAGACUCCAACAAAGAAGGAGUUCUAAAAGUUCUUGAUCCUAGACUUUCCUCAGUUCCUCUUCAUGAAGUCACACAUGUUUUCUACGUAGCAAUUCUGUGUGUUGAAGAACAGGCAGUAGAAAGGCCGACUAUGCGCGAAGUUGUUCAAAUUCUGACAGAGCUUCCAAUGCCUCCUGAGUCUAAACAAGGGGACUCAACAAUUACAGAAUCAUCUUUGUCAAAUGCUUCAGAGUCUCUAACUGCAGCCUCUAAAGAUAAUCAACAUCCUCCUCCAUCACCGCCUCCCGAUCUCUUAAGCAUUUGAAGUGCUGUGUUGUUUAUGUUUGGGGUGUUUUCAACUUAAUUGCCUUUGUUUGUGAUAGCUUAUGCAUUUUUCUUUUUUAUUUGGGGUUGGGAUUUCUAACUUUAAGUUUAAUGUUUGGAUUUUUCAAAAGGGUUUUGUACAGCUGGAUUGGUUNNAGGGAAAGGGGGUGUAUUUUUUCUUAUAAAGUCGUUAUCUACAUCUAGCAGUGCUUUUAAUUAUUGUAUUACGGAUGUGGAUGUUGUUGUUCUGAGGCUGCAGAGGGGAGCAAGAUAAACAUCAAGGGUAGUCUUGGUUUCCAAGGGGAUCAAAAUGACAGGUAGAGUGAAAGGGACACACAAUGGCACACACAAAUGGCGUUGGUUACCAAACAGUAAUAGGUAUAUGGUUGUUAUAAUGUGUGUGAUGAAAACUAAGUGGAUAGGCGCUGAACUGAAUGAGCUGUGAUCACUGAUCAGUGUCUCUGUCUAGAGGCUUUUACCAAGUCAGGAUCUUUUAAUUUUUUCUUUUUGGUAUCAAAAUAAAAUGAGACUUUAUGCCUUUAUAGCGUUUAGAAGCAUACUUUUUUUGUAAAUAAAUAAAGGGGGGAACGAAGAAAUUGAAUCAUGUCCUUAAAAUUUUAAUGUAAUAUAACUUUCAGAAAGUGAUAGGAGAGAGGUAUACACGUGACGCUUGUAACAAAAUAUUUCACAUUGUUGUACGAUAAAGUUUUUAA